CGAAAUAUCUUAUCUAGUAUAAAUGUUACAACUAGUGUACAAAAAAAUAUCAUAAUUUGUGGCUUUCAAACUAACUGUGAAAUGCAAUGAUUUUUGUUUUCAAAAGAUAUAGCGGAAUUAAUUGUCCCGAUGCAACUGGAGUUCAUAGUAGAUCAUUUCCAUUGCAAUAAACGCCGGUGUAUAUUUUAAAUUUGUAAGAUAUGGCUUCUAAACAAAGUUUUGUAUUAGUAGAAGAUUUAAAUGAAGGAGAUUUGAUAGAGUUUGACAGAGCCAUGGGUACAUAUUCCCAUUGGGCGGUAUAUGUAGGUAAUGGUGAUAUUAUACAUUACUCACCGAAUCCAGAUGCAGAGGGCAAAUUUAACUUCCAGUCUGGUACGAACAAAGGUCUCAGUGUUAGGAAGGACAAGUUGAGAGAGGUUGCUGGAAAUUCUGAUACUUACAGAAAUAAUGAAUUUGAUGAUGAGCUAAGACCUUUCAGAAAAGAUGAAAUCGUAAAACGAGCGCAUCAAAGACUUGGGAAGAGUGGCUACAGUAUAGCUACAAGCAACUGUGAACAUUUUGCUACAGAAUGUAGAUAUGGCGUGACCAAAAGCAAACAGGUUAAAACUGUUGGACAGCGAGCACUAGAUUGUGUAAUACCGUCACCAGUACGGGCAUGGAACAGAAGCGACGUGACUGAAUUCCUAGCACCACCAGUGAAAUGGGUUGCAGAUAAAAUGUUCAGUACUCAUCCAGGUGACCUGGUACGGUUCCAGUAAUUGUCAUAGACAUGAUUUCUUAUUUAGAAUCAGUUAAGUUAACAAGACUUAUCCCUGUAUUCGAGACACGCUUAACACUGAUGAAAAAAAAACGUGACAUUUUAGAUGAUAUUUUCUGUUCCGUAUGUGAUUGCAAUAAAACACACAGUUGAUUUUAAACUAUCAAAAAA